CCCCGCCCCCCACUUUCUCUGUCAUUGCAUCCAUUUUUGUGCAUCUAAGAAAUCUCCAAGAAUUACCAACCUGGAGGAAAGCGAGCUAAACAGAGUGGCAGCGGGGGGCUCGGGGCUCCAAAGGGAAAGCAGACAAGGACGCGCCGGGUAUCUGUUAUUCCAACAUGCGAGCGAAAGCCCUCUGAAGGAUGGCAGCGAUGGGUUAGACAGGAUUUACCAUGUCUGCUAAGUAAAAGCGACCGCCCGGUAAAAGAUGUCCGCUCCACACGGGGCCCGGGGCGCCCCCGGCCCUGCUGCCGCCGCCGCCGCUGCUCCCUCAGCGGCCGGCGCCAUGCCGGAGAUGCCGGACCUCAGCCACCUCACCGAGGAGGAGAGGAAGAUCAUCCUCGGUGUCAUGGACCGACAGAAGAAGGAGGAGGCGAAGGAGCAGUCCAUGUUAAAGCUCAAAGAAGAACCAAAACCUCAGCAAGCACAGUGGUUUCCCUUUAGUGGGAUCACUGACCUGGUAAAUAAUGUUCUUCAGCCCCAGCAAAAGCCCCAAAAUGACAAGAAGCCUGAACCAGACCCGAAGUUACACCAGCAGUUUGAAUCGUACAAGGACCAGGUUAAGAAGAUGGGGGAGGAGACUAAGCCAGCUCAGGACCAAAAGAGCGAAGCCCCGACCUGUGGAAUUUGCCACAAGACGAAAUUUGCUGACGGCUGCGGUCACAUCUGUUCAUAUUGCCAAACGAAAUUCUGUGCUAGGUGCGGAGGACGAGUGUCUCUGCGGUCAAACAAGGAGGACAAAGUGGUUAUGUGGGUAUGCAACUUGUGCCGAAAACAACAAGAAAUCCUCACUAAGUCAGGAGCGUGGUUCUACGACUCGGAGCCCGGUCAGGUGCGUGGCGUGUUUGAGGGUGGGCCGCAGGGCAAAAAGGCCAAACUACACCACCCAUCCCUGUAUGCCCACCAGGGAGCCUCAGGGGACUUGACACCAGCGUCAGACAGAAGCAGACCUCACGGCGGGCUCCUGCCCAGACAGGCGUCCCUUGACAAUGGAACGGGGCUGAGGUACUCGGGGUCCGGUGAUGCACCUAUAGACAGGAAACGAAGCCCGUCUGCAUCCAGGGAUCCAAACCAAAAAUACGACCAAAGGGAAGGGGGGGACCAGUAUGCACCCACAGACGGCAGCAUGCCCAGAUCACCGUCAGACUACCGGGAUGUGGACCCACAGCGGGUUCCGCAGGGCCCACACAUAUUCCCCGACGUCGAUGCGAUGCGGUCGGGCUACCGGGACCGCCGGGGCCCCGGCCGCUGGCACUCCCAGGAAUAUCCGCUGGACCAAGAGCUAGACGGGCCACCCAGUGACUUUGACCUCCAGCGCCAGCGCCAGGAGGAGUUCCAGACGCGGUACCGCAGCGACCCCAACCUGGCACGCUACCCCGUGAAGCCCCAACCCUACGAGGAGCAGAUGAGGAUGCACGCCGAAGUGGGCCGGCUGAGGCACGAGCGCCGCCACAGCGACGUCUCCCUGGCCUACACAGAGCAGGACGAGCCGGGCCCCAUCAGACUGUCCCGCCAGCAUCUCACUGAGCGCCGGCCGCCGAUGGUGGGACAGCGCUCAUACUCCGUCGACCGUUCUUCUCCUGGACCCAUGGGGCCGAACCUCGGAGGUCACAGGGGCUCCAACUGCAGCCCCCCGACACCGCAUCGGAGCCCCGUGCUCGGUGACCGGUCGGGGGACCUGCGGCGAGGAGACCUGGGCGUCGGAGGGGACCCCAUGAUGAGGCAGCAACACCACCUGGAUCCCAAUUCGGCCGUCCGCAAAACCAAAAGGGAGAAGAUGGAGAGCAUGCUGAGGAACGACUCUCUCAGCUCGGACCAGUCGGAGUCGGUGCGGCCGCCGCCCCCCAAGCCUCACAAAACCAAAAAGGGUGGAAAGAUGAGGCAGGUGUCGCUGAGCAGCUCAGAGGAGGAGCUGGCCACGACGCCGGAGUACACAAGCUGUGAGGAUGUGGAGAUUGAGAGUGAGUCAGUCAGUGAAAAAGGGGAGAGUCAAAGGGGAAAAAGAAAAACUAUUGGGCAGGCAUUUAAAUCCGAGCCGACACACACCUUAUCUGAGAGGCAAAAGAAAAUGGUGCGCUUUGGGGGACACUCAUUUGAAGAGGACUUGGCAUGGUGUGAACCACAGGUUAAAGACUCGGGAGUUGAUACGUGCAGUAGCACUACCCUAAACGAGGAGCAUAGCCAUAGUGAGAAGCACCCGGUGACAUGGCAGCCAUCCAAAGACGGAGAUCGCCUCAUUGGCCGUAUUUUGCUCAACAAGCGCAUGAAAGAUGGAAGUGUGCCUCGAGACUCAGGAGCUCUACUUGGUCUGAAAGUAGUUGGAGGCAAGAUGACAGAAUCUGGCAGACUUUGUGCUUUUAUCACUAAAGUGAGGAAAGGAAGUCUAGCAGACACAGUUGGACACCUAAGACCAGGUGACCAGGUUCUGGAGUGGAACGGACGGAUUUUACAGGGAGCCACAUUUAAAGAAGUUUACAAUAUCAUAUUAGAAUCCAAGCCUGAGCCUCAGGUGGAGCUGGUAGUCUCACGGCCUAUAGGAGAUAUUCCGAGGAUACCUGACAGCACACAUGCACAACUGGAAUCAAGUUCAAGCUCUUUUGAGUCUCAAAAGAUGGAUCGUCCCUCAAUCUCUGUCACAUCCCCCAUGAGUCCCAGUAUGCUGCGGGACGCCCCCCAGUACUUGUCAGGACAACUCUCAAGCCAAAGCCUUAGUAGAAGAACAACGCCUUUUGCCCCUAGGGUCCAGGUAAAACUCUGGUAUGACAAAGUGGGUCAUCAGCUAAUUGUAACCAUUCUGGGUGCCAAAGACUUGCUACCCAGGGAAGACUGCCGGCCCAGGAACCCUUACGUCAAAAUCUACUUCCUGCCUGAUAGAAGUGACAAAAGCAAGAGGAGAACAAAAACAGUAAAGAAAUCCUUAGAGCCCAAAUGGAAUCAGACCUUUAUGUAUUCGCCGGUCCACCGGCGGGAGUUCCGGGAAAGGAUGCUGGAGAUCACGCUGUGGGACCAAGCCCGGGUCAGGGAAGAGGAGAGCGAGUUCCUGGGAGAGAUUCUCAUCGAGUUGGAGACCGCUCUCUUAGACGACGAGCCUCACUGGUACAAGCUACAAACACACGACGUGUCGUCCAUGCCACUCCCACGUUCCUCCCCAAACGCACAACGCAGGCAGCUCCACGGAGAGAGCCCACCACGGCGGCUGCAGAACAAAGGCUCGUAUUCGUAUAACUCAGGAUCCCAGAGGAUAAGUGACAGCGAGAUAUCAGACUAUGAUUGUGAAGAUGGAGUCGGUGUUAUAACAGAUUAUCGGCCAAAUGGAAGAGACUUCCGGAGCUCCACGCUGUCCGUCCCGGAGCAGAUGAUAUCGUCUAACCACUGCUCUCGGUCGGCGGACAUAAACCGGGCCCGGUCGCGCUCUCCCAGCGUCCCCCCACCCUCCAGCCGCAACCACGGCGUGUUCCCAAUCUGCAGAGAGGAAGCAGUCAGGUUACUGCGUUCCACUCGGAUGACCCGUGCCUAUUCAGAGGGCGCCUACUCCUCCAACUUUGCCUACCAGAGGAACCACGGAGCCAUGGAUAGACACGAGUUUCACAGCAGGUCCCGCUCGGCGGACCAGCGGCCCACUAUAGAACGCCUCUCGUCCCGCUCGCGCUCCACCGAACGACCCCACGACUCUUCCCUCAUGAGGUCGAUGCCAUCUCUGCCGUCCGGGAGGUCCGCGCCCCCGUCCCCUGCCAUGACGAGGGCACAUCCUCGCAGUGGAUCUGUCCAGACCAGUCCCACCAGUACUCCUAUGUCCAGUAGACGAGGGCGCCAACUCCCACAGCUUCCACCCCCAGGAACAGAUAGAAAAGACACGGACUCACCAAGUUGGACGAACUCAGGUAUGGACAUGGAGGAGAAGACCAGGCAGAUGAAACUAAAGUUGAACAUGUACAAGCAGGGAGCCAGCGCCGACUCCAGACUGGAACAAGACUACCACAAGCACUCAGGCAGAGACCCGCGGGGCUCUGACAACUUGUCAGCCAAGUCAUCGGACAGCGAUGUGAGCGACGUGUCCGCUGUGUCGAGAACCAGCAGCGCCUCUCGGUUCAGCAGCACGAGCUACAUAUCUGUCCAGUCAGAACGGCCGCAGGGAAACCGCAAGAUCCGCCAGUUGCAAUCGAGAAGGCGUUCACGGGAAGUGGAUGAGCAGUUAGGAGAGGUGCAGGAGGAAGAUGAGGCUGGAGACAGGGGAAGCGAGGAAAGAGUCAGGCAGGGUGAGAGAAAAGAGUCAGGCAGUAAGAUAGACAGAGACCAGGAGCUUCUGGAGGAUUUGAUGGAUAAAGAAGAGGACUUGCACCAAAGGAGUGCCUCAGACACUAACCUCAGGCAGAUGGGCACAUCCGGUGGGGUGAACAUGACCAAGAGCACAAGCAUCAGCGGUGACAUGUGCAACCUGGAGAAGACGGACGGCAGUCAGUCGGACACGGCGGUCAGCACGGUAGGCACUGACGACAAGAAGAGGCGCUCCAGCAUUGGUGCCAAAAUGCAGGCCAUGGUUGGCAUGUCACGCAAGAGCCGGAGCACCUCGCAGCUCAGCCAAACAGAAGCAGGAGGUAAGAAGCUGCGGAGCACCGUCCAGAGGAGCACGGAGACGGGGCUGGCGGUGGAGAUGAGGAGCAGGAUGACUCGGCAGGCCAGUCGGGAGUCCACAGACGGCAGCAUGAACAGCUACAGCUCAGAGGGAAACCUCAUCUUCCCCGGAGUGAGGCUCUCCUCAGACGCUCAGUUCAGCGACUUCCUGGAUGGUCUCGGACCCGCCCAGCUGGUUGGACGGCAGACUUUGGCCACUCCGCCAAUGGGGGACAUCCAAAUAGGCAUGGUGGAGAAAAAAGGAGCCCUAGAGGUUGAGGUCAUCAGAGCCCGGGGCCUUGUGGGUAAACCAGGAUCCAAGGCACUGCCAGCACCAUAUGUAAAGGUCUACCUUUUGGAAAACGGAGCCUGCAUAGCCAAAAAGAAAACAAAAGUAGCAAGAAAAACUCUGGACCCUCUCUACCAGCAGCAACUGCCGUUUGAGGAGAGUCCAGGAGGGAAAGUUUUACAGGUCAUUGUCUGGGGCGACUAUGGCCGCAUGGACCACAAAUCCUUCAUGGGAGCAGUCCAGAUCCUGCUGGACGACCUGGACCUGUCCAACAUGGUGAUCGGCUGGUACAAGCUCUUCCCUCCUUCCUCGCUAGUGGACCCCACGCUGGCCCCGCUGACGAGAAGAGCUUCCCAAUCCUCGCUGGACAGCUUCUCGCGAUCGUAGCAGCGUUGCGGACCUAACAGCGUCGUUGUAGCAGCAGCAGCCGGUGUUGCGAUUUGCAGGUCACGAGGCCCCACCCCGGUCACACUGCAUGCUUGAUGUUGUGUCUUUUGAGCCUGUUUCUAGGGGCGCAAAAAAAAACAACAACAAAAAAAACAACACAAAAGAAUUAAUAAAACGUGAUCCUUUGUUUUAAGCAAAAACGUUGCGCACAUUGUGCACGUGGCGAAGCGCGUUUGCAAGCACCCAGCGGCAGGGAAUUGCCAGGUGUUGUUUGUCAUUCGGAGGAAGCCGAGACGAACUCCUUAGCACGAGGAACUCAUCGUUUCCGGCUUUUUCUUCCAAUUCGAAGCCAUGGGGAGGGGCCGACACCGGGAACCACUAAAUGAGUUCCGGCAGAGGCCCCUUUUUAGAAUGAAAAAAAAAAAAAAAUCAAUGUUAUGUUGAUUUUUAACAUUUUUUCCUGUCUUUUUUUUAUUUUAUUUUUAUGUCUGUGUACUUUUAUCUGAAUGGGGGUGAAGGGGUGACGGUGUUUCUAACCAGAUGCUUGGUCACACCAUGCCAACAAACCUAGCGACAUAAAUGCAGUUGUGGAGACCAACACUUUCAAAGAAGGGGAGGGUGUGUGUGUGUGUGUGUGUGUGUGUCUAUCUUCCUACAUGCAAGACAAAUGCAUUGCAUCCUCUGGGUUUAUGUGCUGAUCCAUCUUUGCUGGUAAAUCACCAGUUAAUCAGGGGCAAUACUGAAGUGGCCACCCACCAACACUCCAGAAUACACAGUAGCAAUCCCAACCCCAUGGAAAAACAAACACAAAAAACAAAGUACGACCUUUUAUUUUCCUCCUUUGUUGAUAUACCGUAUGAAAAAUCGAACUAUAAUUUUUUUAUUUUUUUUUUAUUUACCCCUUUUCAGUUCAUUUGCAUGGGCACAAACUCUUAGCUGAAUUUAAAAAGAAAAGUAUAUAUAUAUUUAUUUUCUUGAGGCUGUAACAUGCAAAAACAAAAAAACAGAAGAAAAAACAGCUGAAGAAAACUAAAUGAAACAAAUCAGCCAUUUUCAACGAUUUCUAUUAUUUUUAAAGAAAUAUUUCACUAGUGCAUGGUUUUCAAGGGGAGCGAAUGCAACAUUGUGACAAAAAAAAAAAAAAAGACGUUAGUUUAUCAUUCUUUAGGUCAUUCAUGGGUGUUUUGUUUUCAGACAGUCAGAUAAGGGAACUUUAAAAAAAAAACAAAAAAACAACAUUUGGAGUUAUUUAAGAAAAAAGUGACAAUGAAAAUAAAUGUUAUUUAUUUCAUUGUAAAAUGCUCCAGCCUUAUAAAGAAACAUUAUGUGCAAAUUGUACAUUUUUCUUUUUCUUCCUGGUCCCAGGGUACUUCUCUUUGUAGUAUUCACUGCUACCACCACUUAGUUCCCUGAUAUGGUCCUAAUUUUAGGACUCAGUUACUUUACAGUUCUGCAUUGUUUUUAAUACCUUUUCUUUUUUUUCUUAUUUUGUUUUGAAUUGAAUUUGAUUUCACAAGCAUGUUGAAAAGGAUUUUCUGCAACAUGUCUUGGGCACACCUUACAGUAACUCAGCAUGUUUUGAUAAAGACGAUAUUUGGACUUUUUUGCAGAUUCUUGUACAGUGCAUGUGAACUUUAUUACUUUUCUCCCUCGAAAUUAAUUGAGCAGCAAAUUAGACGUUGGUCUUCCACGGCCAGUUAUCGAGGUCUAAAACAAGAUAAGAGAAAAGAAGAAGAAGAAGAAGAAAAAAACAAAAACAAAAAAACAUUCCAUCCCCAAAGUCAUAUUUUCUUUCAGAAUUUUUGAGGGAAAACAGACAAAACAAAAGAAAGAGAAAAAAAAGUUUUAUAUUUUAUCAAAGCAGGCAAAAUAAAUGUGAUUUCCACGUAUAUUUAUUUCGACGCUGUCGUCGACAAACAUGCAAAAACGAUCCUUUUUGGUGCACCGAGGCACCCGUAGCGUCAUUAAGGGGCCGCGGCGGCGCAGCGGGAGGCUGUGGUUCGGUUUUACAAACACUCUUAGUGAAGACGAGCAAAUCACAAGUUUAAAUAACAAUGGGGGAUAUUGCCACAGAAAUCGUUGUUUGUUUUUUUUUUCUUUAUUGGUUUUUUUGAAUGAAAAUGAUAUUAAUUUACUAUAUUUUUGUUAAUUUCAUUUUAAAGCCAAGACCAGUUUAUUUUUUAUUUUCUAUUUUUAGUAAUUACCAAUACUUCCCGUGUCCGGGAGGCAUACGAGUCUUACAGUCGCAGUAUGUCUGAAUGAAAUGGAACUGAGGCAUCGUUCCUUUCUCCACAUGAGAAAAAUCAUUUAAAAAAAAAAAAAGAUGCAUUUUAAUAUCUAAAAAUCAACUUCGUCCCUGUAACAGAAUACAGUAUAUAUUUUGAAUUUACUGCUCACUGUACAUACCUUUAGAUGUCAGAAUUUGAAUAGACCAUAAGCAGAUACCUAUGUUCUCUAUUUGGAGCAGGAAAAAUGCCUCAGGAUGACAAAGACAUAUGUUGUUUCUUUUUGAAUGCCUUUUUGAUUUCCUCUUUUUUGGUGCAAUGUGUUAAUGCCAAGGCUAUGUCUUGGUGAAGUAUGGUUGAGUACAGAGAUUUAUGUAAGUUAUUUUUCAAAUUAAAAAUAAAAGAAAUUGAUAUUACA